AACAACAACAAGGCGGUCUGCUUCUCCUGCAGGUGGUGAUGUGUAGUAAACUUCUGUCUCGGACACGUCAGGUCCCGCUCUCGGUGGUGCUCCUUCGUAGCAGGCCUCCAAUGAGCGCGAGGAAGUGAGCUCUCACAGCGCGGAGACGCUCGUCCUCCCCCGGCCAGCGAGCGCAGCCAUGGCCGCGUCCCUCGUCCGAGCCUGCCGCAGUCUGGCGCUCUCGACGUGGCUGCUGUCCUUCUGCUUCGUGCACUUGCUGUGUCUGGACUUGACGGUGGCGGAGAAGGAGGAGUGGUACACGGCGUUCGUCAGCAUCACCUACAUGGACAUGCUGACGAUGCAGGAGCGGACGGAGAGGAGCGAGUGCGGCCGCUACGGCGAGCACUCGCCGAAGAAGGAAGCCCGCGGCCGGCUGCUGAUGCCCGGCGUCCCGCAGGACCGACAGGUGUGCGACCCGACCACCAAGUUCCCCGGUGCGGCCGCCAACAGCUCGUGGGUGGCGCUGGUGGCGGCGGGCAACUGCACGUUCAAGGAGAAGAUCCGGAACGUUGCCAACUUAAACGCCACUGCGGUGAUGAUCUAUAACGUGGGUUACAGUGGCGUCAACGACACCAUCACCAUGCCUCACCCCGGGCUUUUCACCCCACACCAUAUGGUCAAUAAAACUCUAAAUCUGCAAGGCAGGGGUACUGGCGACAUCGUGGCCGUCAUGAUCCCAGAGUCGAAAGGCCAGCAGAUCGCUUCUCUGCUGGACAAGCAGGUGGUGGUCUUCACCCACAUCACAGUGGGAACCCGCAACCUGCAGAAGUACGUGAGCCGCACGUCGGUGGUGUUCGUCUCCAUCUCCUUCAUCGUCCUCAUGAUCGUCUCUCUCGCUUGGCUCGUCUUCUACUACAUCCAGAGAUUCCGCUACGCAAACGCCAGAGAUCGCAACCAGAGACGAUUGGGGGACGCUGCCAAAAAAGCCAUGAGCAAGCUUCAGUUGCGAACUGUGAAAAAAGGAGAUAAGGAGACGGAGUCGGAUUUCGACAAUUGUGCCGUCUGUAUCGAAGGCUACAAACCUCAUGACGUCGUGAGGAUAUUACCGUGCAAGCAUAUUUUCCACAAGCACUGUGUGGACCCCUGGCUGCUGGACCACCGCACGUGUCCCAUGUGUAAGAUGAACAUACUCAAAGCGCUGGGAAUACCAUUCAACACAGACUGCUCCAAUGACCCACCUCUGGACUACGAGAUGUCUCUCGGGGGUCCAGCCACCAAUCCCAUCAGCGGCGCCAGUGACAUCACCGUGAACGAGAGCUCCAUGGCGUUGGAUCCCUUGGACCGAGGCGCGGGUCACCAGCCGGUCUAUCUGAAUGCUGAGAUGAUGCCUCAGGCUGCAGGGCGUUACAUGGUCACCAGCGACGAGCACCUGGUGCCGCACAGCAGCGAUUCAGAACCAUCUCAGAUCACCGCAGGAGGAAUGUGUGCCUCGGACUUGGACCUGUCCACAGACCCGGAAUUCGACGACCUCAGUCCGAGGCAAGACAUGACAAACAGAAUCCUUCCAGGUAAAGAGUAGCACCCUCAAACACUGGGACCCCAAAGACUCCACACAGCUGCAUCCAGAAUCCCUGGAACACACAUCCUUCUUUCAUCCAAAAGUGACGGUUGAUUGUUCUGUCGUAACAAUGCUUUUGUUUCUUCGUGUCUGAGAAGUUCAGCGGUCGAUGGGGUCACAGAACCCCCGAGUUUGAUUUGUCACUGUUCCAUUUCCUCUUCUAGAAGCUCUCAAAGCGACACACAUUCCUCUUUCUCACGUUUGACAAUCGUGUUUCUAACUAUAAUAUGCACAAGUGAUGUCAGCCACAGCCCCUCGACACUGCUGCUGAUACCCAAAUGUGUCACUCACACUUCCACCGGACAUUUUCACACCAGCUUCUGCCCUUGGAAUGACAGAAGUCAGUGCGGUGUAGUGAGCCUCCGUGCCAAACGUAUUAAUAGAGUUGUGAUUCUUUGCCUUUCCACCGUUCAGUAGUGGCUCAGCAAAGGCUGCUUAAGCACCAGCGACUCGAAGCGGAUCACUCAUGAUUAUGUGAAUUAGGUGAUGUGAAAAUAAAACCAGUUUCUGCUGCAAUAAUCUAUUCACUGUAGGUUUUAUUUCAAGCCAAAACAGUUGUAUUCUAUUACAAUCUGAAGGGAAACAUCACACGUUUAUGAUUUAUGUUUGAAAUCGUCUCUGAUUUGUACGUUUGACCCAUAAACAAUAACAAAUAAAGUGCUAAUGUAGCGCCCUUUUUACUUAAAAUAAAUGAUCAUUUCAUCGAUUAUUCAAUUGAAGUUCAUAUUAAUAGCCACCAGCACUGUUUUUUUUAUGCUGUCAUCAUUAGUGAACCAUUCCAGAGGUGUAAAUUAUGAAGCAGCUUUCAUGCAGGUGUUCUCCAGAGACGACAGACCCAUGUUGUCACUUUGAUAUUGAAAUGUAGCCUGUAACCGAGGGUUGCUCCGGUUCAUGUGCUGUGAUCAGGUUGAACCAAGAAAGAUUCUGA